GAAACGCUAAGCCAUGUUCAUAAGUCUUUGGUGAACUCCUCAAAACUGUGUUUACUAUAUGUAUCAUGUGUCUUCAAGCACAGCCAAAGAUACAUGAUAAGUAAAUCUAUUUUCCCCUGAAACAAUAUAUAAGUAGCACCAUCCUCAGAACUGUAUAGAUGAAAUGGCACUGCAGAGUAUCUGUGGCUGGGAUGUCACUUCUUCAAGGCAGUCCCAUCCACAUAAGCUACAUUUAUUUCCAUCUUUCAGGUUAUUAAAUUCCCCUCAUGUACUUCAGAACCCAAAAGUUUUUUCUUCUUCUUCUCAUCAUUGCAACUCUGGUCCCCCACCACCAGCACAUGGCACUACCACACUGGCCUUUCUCUAUGCAGGGGGUGUUGCUGUUGCAACUGACACACGUUCCUCUGCAGGACAUCUUGUCUGCAGCCCCGAUAGCCGCAAAGCUUUCCUAGUUCACAGCCAUCUUCUCGCCACUACCUCAGGGAGUUCAGCUGACUGUCAGUUCUUUGGACGAGCUUUGGCUAGAGAGUGCAGACUGUACAAGGUACGGAAUGGGUACAUGCCCAGUGUUCGAGGAGCAGCCAGGAUGUUGAGUGUUCUGAUGAUGCCGUUCCAUGGAACUGAUGUUUGUGCUGCCUUCACUCUUUGUGGCUGGGAUAGGAAUGGGCCGUGCAUCUGUUAUGUAUAUAAUGACGGAACCCGUCUCAGCUCAGACAUACUCUCAGUAGGAUCAGGCUCCCCAUAUGCAUACAGCAUCAUAGAUGAGGGAUACAAGCCUGGGAUGGAAGAAGAGGAAGCCCGUCAACUGGCCAGGAGAGCAGUGUGCCAUGCAGGCAGAAGAGAUGCCUACUCUGGGGGAUCAGUUGAUGUAUACUGGGUAAGAGAGAGAGGAUGUGAGAGAGAUACCAGGGAAGAUCUGGUACAACUUCAUGAGCAGAUGGUAGCAGAAGAAAAUGGAGUGAUGCGUAAGAGAAGCAGAGAUCAACAGCUGCCCCAUCCAAAUCCUGAGCAGGAAUGCCAGUAGUAAUACACUGUAACUGCGCCAAUGAACAACAUGCUGAGGCAAAUAAACAGGGCUUUUUUAUUUACUAGAAUG